CUGCUUCUGCUUAUCUUCUUCCUCCCGACAAGCCCCCCCCAAGCCACCGACUUUCUUCUCCUUGAAAAGUCGGUGAGAUCUUGAUGGAAUUCCUUCCUUUUCUUGUUCAAUCACAAGAUUUGGGGCUUAGAAUCUUCCCCCUCAACCCAGAAAAUCCCGAUUCUGCUCUGUUCCGUCCCCUGCAGCCGACCGAAGCUCCCUAGCCACCGCCAUCCAUUUCCGGCCGGGGACACCGGUAAAACUUGGGGAUUUCUCCCCUUUUCUUGUUCUAGACCAGCUAUUAAACCCAGAAAUCCCGGAUCUGUUCUGCUCUUCCUUCCCCUGCAGCGAGCUGCUCUUGUCGGUGGAGAGCUUCUCGGUUUUCUGGUUUACCGUGAGUUCCUCCAUUUCUCUCCCCGUCGGCUUCCUUCCCAGCUGGACCCGGUGCUGCUUGCCGGAGUUUCCUGGUUUUGAUGGUUCUGUCACCAUAGCACUUGGGUUAGCCCUCUGUUCUGUGCGAGUGAGGUAAGUAAAUUAUGGUAAAGCCCUUUGAUUUUAAAGCAUGUUUUAAACUGUUUUUGAGAUGGUGGCAAGGUUUAAAUUGAUUUUAUCGGCAUUUGAGUGUGAUUAAACUGGAAUGCAAAUUGUGAUGGGUUUUAUGGGAAAUUCACUGUUUUUCUGGAAUUGAGCAUGAUUGGAAUGAAAAUGAGGAUUUUAUUGAUUUUCUGGAAAUGAGCAUGAUUGAGAAAUGAAAAUGGGAAUUUCAUUGUUUUUCUGGAGUUGAACAUGCCUAUUUGGGAAUUGACUGAACUGUUUUGAUGAAUUGAGAAUUUUGUAAAUGUUGAGUUUUCUGUUAAAUCCAUG